CCAAGCCAAUCCGCUUGCAACCAAUGCAAAUGUCCCAAGAACAAAAUCAAUGAUUGCAAAGCUUUAUGAAAAAUCUAAAAGCUUAGUAGUAGGGCCCAUAUGUGUUCGUGAAGACGUCAUAGCCAAUGUGAAGCAUUUGCAAGAAGCACGGUUUGCUUGGUUGAGAUUGCAAGCCAUUCAUUGGGGUAUACACGGUGACCAGUACCUGGGGCAAACGUUCUGGAAUGUGGUUGACAGCAAAUUGGAAGAAUUACGAGGCAAGUCGCUUCGGUACCGUUAUGCUUACCAUGUGUGCAUAUUGCAUGACGAUUUCGAUUUGAUCAAUGGAAAGGCCACUUUCAAACAGAUCCAAUCAAACAAGGGCAAUAAAUUUUUGAUGCCCUCAGACGCACGGGUACUUACUUGUGUUCAAGAAUUGAAUGACACAUUUGGAGACGAUGGCCCUCAAGACGAAGCUGAACAUGAAUCAAUUGCAGUUGCGGUAGACGAGGAAGAGGGAAAUGAGGAAGAAGAUGAGGGAGAGCAACAGGAAGAUUGAAUCAUAGUGUAAAUUUGUAAUUUAGAUUGUAAUUUAGAUGAUUGUGUAUUGUCUCCAGGGAGCGUUUUGAUUCCCUUUCAUUGCCUCUCUUCCGCUCUGUCUACUUAUUCUCUUUCAUUUCAUGUGUAUUUAUUUGGUAUUUGGAAUUUGCUAUCUUUUCUCGUAUCUGUAAUUUCUUUGUACCGCCGUGUGGAUCAAUGUAUACGUUAUUGUAU